AUGCGAAGAGGUGUCGGUUUAGCUGCUUUUGAUCGACAUGAACAAUCCAAACGUUCUUUCGCUGAGUUAUCCACGCAACUAUCUGAAAGUCAAGUCCAGCAUCUCCAUUCCCAACUUGCUCAAUUCCGAACUGCUCUAGCUCAUUUCGCUACCAAUCAUCGAGACUCGAUACGCAAAGACCCGAAUUUCAGGCAUGCAUUCCAACAAAUGUGCUCAUCCAUCGGAGUCGAUCCUCUUGCAGGUCCAAAAAAGGGAGGAUGGUGGGCAGAAAUGUUCAAUCUUGGAGACUGGCAGUAUGAAUUGGGUGUGCAAAUCGUGGAUAUUUGUGUGUCCACGAGGGAAAGGAACGGAGGUAUGAUUGUGAUGGAAGAGGUGAUAAGAAUGAUUGUAAAGCUGCGAGGCGUGAGUGACGCAGAGAUUACAGAGGAGGAUAUAGUGCGAAGCAUCAAGACGUUGGAACCUCUCGGUGCAGGUUAUCAAGUGAUCGAUGUUGGCGGGAAAAAGAUGAUAAGGAGCGUUCCGAAAGAGCUGGAUACAGAUCAGGUCCUGGUUCUUGUUACCGCUAGAGAGCGAGGAGGCAGAGUCGUAGAAGAGAUGUUGGUGCACGGACAUCAAUGGACUCGAGAACGGGCUCAUGCUGCCCUUGAGAACAUGCUUCUUCGGGACGGAUUAUGUUGGGUUGACGAGCAGGAUGAAACUUAUGGGCGAGCUUAUUGGAUCCCCUCCACUAUGGAGUGGGAUUGA